AUGGCUCGCCUCUCUGUUCUUUGGCUGUGCAGCCAAGCUGCGGCCGUGUACGGCGUGACCUUCAACAUCCCUUCCGCGCCGCCCGCGAAUGCCAGCACUCAGCUCGCCGCCGCCCCGGUCGGAGUGUCCUUUGAGUUCUUCACGUUCCCGGGCUACAUGAACGACGUUGCCUCAACCAAGCAGUGCCUGCAAAACUUGAAGGACUUGACAGGUGUCUGGCCUCCUAUCCGGAUAGGAGGAACAACUCAGGACCGCGCUACCUACGAUGCGUCAUCCCCCAAUGCGGUCACUUACACGGUCGCCUCGCCAGCAGACGCUCCGGCCUCUCUGACCUAUGGCCCUUCAUUCAUCACUCUGGCUUCUCAGUACGGUGGCAAGGUCAUCCUUGGACUCAACCGCCGCCUCAACAACCUCUCCAACACCGUUGCCGCCGCGGUCCUCGCCAAGUCGAAGAUGCCCAACUUGGACUCUAUCGAGCUCGGCAAUGAGCCCAACUUUUUCUCCAACAGCGACCCCAUCGCUCAGAGGCGCACCUGGAACGCGGCCGCCGACUACGCGUCGCAGGUCGCCUGGCAGAACGCCGUCUGCGGCAACCUCUCGGCCGAGGGCAUCAUCUCGGCGGGAGUCUACUUUGGCACCAGCCCGAUGAGCAUCGCCGGCCUCGCGGCCGUCGAGGGCAGCGCCAACCGCUUCGUCAAGGAGUACUGCUCGCACAACUACCCGCAGUGGAGCGGCACGUACAACCUCACCCGGCUGAUGCAUCACGGAGAGAUCGCCUCGCAAAUCAGCGGCUUUGCCGGCGACGUCGCGGCGGCCAGGGCCAAGGGCAAGCCACACAUCUUUGGCGAGACGAACUCGGCUACGCAGGGAGGAGGGGGCAUCAGCCCGACUUACGGCGCCGCCCUGUGGGUUCUUGACUACAUCAUGCAGACCGUCCUCAUGGGCUCGCAGGCUCUUUACUUCCAUCAAGGCACCAUCGGCAACUGCCAAUACUGCUGGUGGGGGAGAUACUCCAUGGGCGCGCCCUACUUCGGCGCCUACCUCGCCACGGCCACCCUCGCCGGCGCCGACAAGAUCGCGGCCCUAGACAGCAAGACCACCAGCUACGCCGGCUAUGCCGUGUACAAGGACGGCAGGCCCAUCCGCGUCCUGCUGUACAACUCGGACUACUACACCAGCGGCCGGCGAUCCUCGCAGGCCUUCACGCUCGUCGGCCUGAGCGGUGCAUCGAGCGUGACGGCCCGGCGCCUGACCGCCGCGUCGGCCACGGCCAGAGUCGACCAGGGCCAGAGCCCGACGUUCGGCGGGCAGACGUUUCGAGACGGCACGUGCGAGAUGCAGGGCGCGGCGGCGGUCGAGACGACGGCCGUGGAUGACGGCGGGCGGGCGACGUUUACGCUGCAGGCUUCGGAGGCGCUGCUCAUCACGCUGUAG